AUGACCAAGUGCUUGGGUCUCAAGCCGCUAAAACUGCGCCGCCAGCCAAAACUGACCGAAGCCCAGAAGCGGAAAAGGCUGGCAUUUGCCCGGGAGCGGAAGAACUGGACCAUCCAGGACUGGCGGCGCGUCUUGUUCAGCGAUGAGUCGGUGUUCGAGCUCAUGCACCCGCCGAAUCGCCAGAACGAGCGCGUCUGGGCGCACAGCAGCGCUGAAGUGCCUGCCAUCGACACGGUGAAGCAGCCGCUGAAAGUCAUGGUCUGGGCCAUGAUGAGUCAUCAGGGCCUGUCGGAGCUCCACUUCGUCCCCCGCGGCCAGACAGUGACGGCCCAGUACUACGUGGAGGAGGUCCUGAAGAAGUCGGAGCGUCGGCGAUGA